CAGCGCUUAUUCCCUCUUAGUCUUGAACCAUUCACUCAUGUCCUUCCCUGAUCCUGCCACUCAAGAAGCAGUUUCCAAUGGCCAAAUUGACGGGAGCAAAUCUUUGGAACAGGAAUCCCAUGCGGUGACAGAAUCCCGCAGGCGCUUUCAAACCACUAUAUCACGAUUUAGUUUCAACGGAUCUGGCGGCAAGCAAUUUCCAUCAUCUUCAACCUCCCCUCGUAAACGAUCACGCACACAGCAGGAACGAUCGAUCACCCCAGAGGAUGGCUCAUCAAGCAAGAAAGCAAAGAGGAAAAAACCAGCGAGGGGGUAUUCAUCUCCUGAAGUGUACUCCCAUCUCAAUCAUCUCAAUGACUGUAUAUCAGAAUCAUUAGAUAUAAUCUUCUGUGGGAUCAAUCCGGGUCAACGUUCUGCUGAGAUAGGGCACCAUUUUGGUCAUCCAUCGAACCACUUUUGGAAAUGUCUCCAUCUUUCUGGGUUGACUUUGGAACGAAUACCUCCUACCGAAGAUUUCACUCUUCCUGAGAGAUUUCAGCUAGGAUUAACCAACAUAGUCGAGAGGCCAACAGCGGAGGCCACAGAACUCAGAGAUUCAGAAUUCAAGAAAGGAAUCGCUCCUUUUCUAGCCAAACUAGCUCGGUACCGCCCUCGAAUAGCAUGUUUCAUUGGCCUCCGCACCGGCAGAAUUGUGCUAGGCCACGUCAUGCGUGCACGACCUAAAUCAGAGAGACCAACUUUCUCUCCAGGUUUACAACCCUACAAGAUUAUACACUCCGAACCAAGUGGCCCUUCUGAAGAAGGUGUACCGGAAACUCUGUUCUACUCUGUACCGAGUACAUCAGGCAAAACACAAGGUUAUCAGAUACCGGACAAAGUGAAGCUGUUCGCUCAGUUGAAAGCUGAUCUGAAGGAGCUCAAGGAUGGAAACCUGUCGACAGAAAAAUUCGUAGAAAUAUCAUCGUGAUAAACUGGUAAUAAAAUAACUUUUAAAGUCCCCGUA